AUGGUGGCAACUAUGGUUGAAGGGACUAAGCGUCCUGCAAGGGAUAUACCGAUUGGUUUGGUUGGUUCAAUGUCUAUGAUUACUGUGAUUUACUGUUUGAUGGCUUUGGCAUUGACCAUGGUGGUAAAGUAUACCCAAAUUGAUAUAAAUGCUGCAUACUCAGUUGCUUUUGAACAAAUUGGCAUGAAAUGGGCUAAAUAUUUGUGCCAAUUUUCACCCUUCGGUGCAAAUGGGUUUUUUGAAGCUGCAACUGUAGUUUAUUGGUCUUAUACUGGUUUUGACAUGGUGGCAACUAUGGCUGAAGAGACUAAGCGUCCUGCAAGGGAUAUACCGAUUGGUUUGGUUGGUUCAAUGUCUAUGAUUACUGUGAUUUAUUGUUUGAUGGCUUUGGCAUUGACCAUGGUGGUAAAGUAUACCCAAAUUGAUAUAAAUGCUGCAUACUUAGUUGCUUUUGAACAAAUUGGCAUGAAAUGGGCUAAGUAUUUGCUGAAUAUGAAAUUACCACAUUACCCUUCAGCUGACGAAAAUCAUUAA